AUGGUUUGGAACCCGUUUGCAGGCAAACUGCGACCAGAGCUGGACGAGGCGUGGCAUAGUCUUUUUGAGAACAAUAUCCAUGUGACUAAGGAAGACCUCCAAUUUCACAACAUCACUUCUUUGCCUAUGGCCAGUGAUGGCCACGGACCGAACGGUGACGAAGAAUGGGUCGACCAGUUGGGUGUAUUCCAUGAGCUGCACUGCCUAAAACGCAUUCGCCACUGGGUCUAUCGCGAUUAUUACCUUGAAAAUGCUACUGAAUCGGUCUUGAUUGAAGAGUCUGCUCAUGUAGAUCAUUGUAUAGAGCUGCUGCGGGAGGCUAUUCUAUACCACGCUGAUACCACCUUGAGCGGUUUCAGAUGGAUCAAGGCUGAUGGAGCAACCCAUCUGACAGUAGAGGCACCAGGAUAUCAUAUAUGCGUGGCUUGGGACAAGUUGCGAGCCUGGAAUGAUGAGAGAGCGGUUGAAGCUUUCGAAUCAGGGGUGCUUGCUGCUCCCGACGACAGCCAGUAG